AUGUUUGGCAGCCAACCUGUCCCGGCAACGGCGACGUCCGCGCACGGCCCCCAAGUCGAUCCGUUUGGUGAGUCCUUUGCCAUAACACUAAGCUCGGAGCAUCUGCGCGUGCAGCUGCUAUCGCAUGGUGCGGCGCUCAACUCUGUGAAGGUGCGCAAGCCACACGCCGCAGCAUCAGGCAGCGCUGCUGCGGAGCAGGAUGGGGAGUGGAUGGAUGUGUGCCUUGGCUACACAAAUCCUGAGGAAGCCUUCAGCACGGACGCGGUGAUCGGUCACACCAUUGGACGAUACGCCGGGCGCAUCGCCAAUGGCGAGCUCGAGGUGAAAAAUGUGCCGUACACACUCGCCAAGAAUUGCGGUCCGCACAACCUCCACGGCGGCCCGGUCGGAUUUCAAAAUAAGGAGUGGAAGUACCUCUUGUCAGACGGCAAGGACGAGACGAGUGUUGCUUUUCACCUCGUCUCACCGCACAUGGACCAGGGCUUCCCCGGUGAGCUCUUCGUGACGGCCACCUACAGCAUCAUCAAGUCAGCCCCGGCCCCCACCCUCAAGUACGUCCUUCAGGCCUCGCUGUCUGACAACACGUCAGUAGACAUGACAGUGAUCAACCUGACUAACCACGCCUACUGGAACCUCAACGGUGUUCCGCGGCCAGCAGAGGCGGAUGCCGUGGCACCGCUGCCGCGAAGCAUCACAAACCAUUACCUGCAGUUGCAGUCCAGGUACUUCGCUGUCACCGAUGAAUCGAGCAUCCCGAAUGGCGACAUGCGUCCUGUCGAGGGUACCCUGCACGACUACUCGGAGCUGCGCUGCAUUGCCGAAGGAAUGGAGGCGACAAAGGAGGAGGGCCGUGACGGCGGCGGCUACGACGACCCGGUCGCCCUGGAGACGUGGGACUCGACUCUGCGGGAGGCAGCGCUGCUGUACAGUCCAGCGACGAAGCUACGCAUGCGGGUGUGCACCACGAAUCCAGUCAUUGUCGUCUACACGGCGAACGCCCUGCCGGCCGACGCUUCUGGCGCAAAGGGCCAGCGCUUCCAGCAACACAGUGCCAUCUGCUUGGAGUGCCAGUACUUCCCGAACAGCCCCAAUGUGCCAGCGUUCCCAUCGACGGCGUUGAAGAAGGGCGAGGUGUACAAGGAGACGACGACGCACGAGUUCCAGUUCAUGAACGCAGACAUCACUCCAGAGGAAAGGCAGCAACGUCAUCACUACGCUCCGUCUUAG